GAAAGAGAGAGAGAGAACUCCUGGGCUCUCAACCUGCUGCUGCUGGUGCUCCUCUCCAUGCAUGCUACUAUGAGGAAACCACUGGAGCGGUAAAGAUCUUCCGGAGUUCCUGCACAGCAGCGGCAUGUAUCGUGUGUGCUAAGACGUACUAAGCCGAGUGUUGCAUCAUGGGUCAACGAUCACACCCCGUUGUCCGGAGGAAGCUCCGAUCUGCACGGGUACUUGCACUCCUCCUUGGGAUCUUGGCAAUAAGCUCUGUUUCCUUCUCUGUCGUUGGUGCCUUUUUCUCCUCCCCAUUCUCCUCCACCCAGUCCGAGACACCUCAUGCCCCUGCUCCUCACAGGACUCUCCUCUCAGUUAGUGUUAGCAAUGCCUCAGGGUACCAGGGCGAUUACCCCGAGGACUUGUUCACGUUGGAACAGCGUCGUCAAGGUGCAGUGAUCCUGCACAUGCUUGGCAUGCUGUACAUGUUCAUCGCGCUGGCCCUCGUGUGCGACGAGUUCUUUGUCCCUGCCCUCACGGUCAUCACUGAGAAGCUGGCCAUUUCGGACGACGUAGCCGGGGCGACUUUCAUGGCGGCCGGAGGUUCCGCCCCUGAGCUCUUCACCUCAGUUAUCGGCGUGUUUAUCUCGCACAGCAACGUUGGCAUCGGCACAAUUGUCGGCUCGGCCGUGUUCAACAUCCUGUUCGUGAUCGGCAUGUGCGCGGUGUUUUCGCGCGAGAUCCUCAACCUGACCUGGUGGCCGCUCUUCCGUGAUGUCUCCUUCUACAUCCUUGACCUGAUCAUGCUCAUCGUCUUUUUCCUUGACAACUACAUCAGCUGCUGGGAGAGCAUUACACUGCUGCUGGCUUACGCCGCCUAUGUGCUCUUCAUGAAGUUCAACUCCCAGGUGGAGGGGUUUGUUAAGGGCUUGAUGAACCGCAACCAGGUGGUGGAGGUGGCCGAGACGCAGCCUAAGGUUAGUCCAGUGCCAACGGAGGACGAGAGCAAGUUGUCGAUCCGUGCUGCUUUCCCACAUCAGCAGGCUCUGCUCCCUACACCCUCACCCCUACAUCCCAUCACCCCAUUCGAACAUGGGUCAUUCACUUCAGGAUGUUCAGAUGUUCAGGCCAAGCCACGGCUGCAGAGAGGCGGGAGCUCGGCAUCGCUGCAUAACAGCCUGAUGAGGAACAGCAUCUUUCAGCUAAUGAUCCACACACUGGACCCGCUUAGUGAAGAAUUCGCUGACUCCGAGCUGGGGACUUAUGGCAAGCUAAAAUAUUAUCACUCAAUGACUGAAGAAGGAAAGUUUCGUGAGAAAGCGUCCAUCCUUCACAAAAUUGCCAAAAAGAAAUGCCAAGUGGAAGAUGCGAACGGAGUGGCUGAUAAGAACCUUCCGAAUAGCUCCAGCGUGGAGGUGGAAGUUUCUCCUCCUCUGAAUGGCUCUGCGGGCCAAGAGGGUGACGCUGGUGAUGAAGACGAAGAAGAAGACCAGCCCCUGACCCUGUCAUGGCCCGAGAGCAACCGUAAGCGCUUCACAUACCUCUUCCUCCUCCCAAUCGUCUUCCCGCUGUGGAUCACGCUGCCCGACGCCCGUAAGCCCACGUCGAAGAAGUUUUUUCCCAUCACGUUCCUGGGCGCCAUCUGCUGGAUUGCUUGCUUCUCGUACCUGAUGGUGUGGUUGGCUCACCAGGUCGGCGAGACCAUCGGCAUCACAGAGGAAAUUAUGGGGCUUACGAUCCUGGCAGCUGGAACCUCCAUUCCGGAUCUCAUCACCAGCGUCAUUGUGGCACGAAAAGGUCUUGGGGACAUGGCGGUGUCCAGCUCGGUUGGCUCCAACAUCUUUGACAUCACAGUGGGGUUGCCUUUCCCAUGGCUCAUGUACACUCUGGCGAACGGUUUGCGUCCCGUGGCAGUGAGCAGCAACGGCCUCUUCUGUGCGAUCGUGCUCCUCUUCAUCAUGCUCCUCUUCGUCAUCAUCUCCAUCGCUGCCUGCAAGUGGAAGAUGAGCAAGCUGCUGGGCUUCAUCAUGUUCCUCCUCUACAUCGUCUUCCUAGUGGUCAGCGUCAUGCUCGAGGACAAGAUCAUCGUCUGCCCCAUUUCCAUCUGACACACUGCCCGCCCACCCUCCAGCAGUCCAGCAAAGCACCCUUUUGGCGAAGCUCCGCCCCUUUUCAUUAACAACUUGAACCUCAGCUUUAGUUCCUUUAAAAAGAAGAAAAACUACCCCUUUAACACAUCAGUGUCUGUUUUAACUCUGUCUUGAAAUGUUCACUAUAUAAAUGCAUCGCAGCGUCGUCCUCAGAAAGCCUCAUGUGUCCCAUGUCUAUCAGAACCCUGCGCUUGGCCUUUAACUGGGAUGGAUGGAUGGAUGGAUGGAUGGAUGGUUGGAAGGAUGGAUGGAUGGAUGGACAGACAGACGGAUGGAUGGAUGGACAGACGGACGGAAGAAUGGAUGUUAUGCGAAUUUAUAAACUUUCUGGAUGCCAGA